UCAAAUCUUCAAAUUGGUGGUCGUUUCAAACGUCUCGUUUGUUAUUUGACAAAUAAUAUCAGUUCUUUGCUUGUUCCCAAGUUAUAACAGGAAUAGUUAUGCAUUGUCAAACUUUUAAUUUCAAUAAUAUGGUGACUCCUCAUCGUGUUUGUCGAGAAAUAAAUCAGAAUGGUAGCCAUACUUUUAUCAUACCUCCACCAUCACCUAAAAGAGUCGACGAGAAUGAAGAAACUCCGAUAUUGUUACUGGAAUCUUUUCAAAGACCACCAUUUGUCAACUUUGGAAAGGUUGAUAUUGGUUCUAAAUCGAUGAAAAGUUGUAUCGUUCACAAUCCUGCUGAUGUAGCGCAACAACUGAAAAUUACAAAAAUUCCUAAACCAGAAGAUGGAUUUACAAUCGAUGAUGUUCCAAUCACCUUGGAUGCUGGUCAAAAGAUAUCGUUUAAUGUUACUUGGUGCCCCGAUAAAGUUGGCAAUGUGCGGGGAAAAAUACAUUUUGUUACCUCUUUCAAUGAAAAAUUUGAAGUGACUUUAAUAGGAACAGCUGCAGAGAAAAAAAAACUGAAAAGACGAGCUAAUCAAAGAAAAAGAGCGUUGAUUCCGACUUUCGAGCAAAUUUCUUCCGGACCAAAUGAACAAAAUUUAACUGCCAAUAAGCAAACAACUUGUGUCACUCGAAAACAACAUCAAGAAGCUACCGAUGAAAGAGACCGAAAGCUCGAAGCUGCAGCAAUAAUCAUCCAAAAAAAUUGGAAAGGAUAUUUUGCACGAAAACAAUUCUCCAAAAUGAAACUUGCAAGCAGCAAAAUUCAAAAGUGGUGGAGAUCAUACGUCAAUCAACGAAAAUCUGAUAGACGGGACACAUUCGUUGUAGCUGUUCCAUAUAACGCAGCUUUAACUAUACAGAAAUACUGGAGAGGGUUUAAAGUCCGUAAGGAUUUUGCCAUGAUAGCUCAAAAGAAGCACUAUAUUGUUCCUGUUCUACAAAAUAAUACUAGCCAAGAUUCGUUACAAAUUAAGGAUACGCCAGCUCUCCCACUUGGCUUCCGAACUGAUAUUGCAUUUAAAAAGCUCAUCAAUUAUCGAAAAUUCUGUCAAUUACAAGCCGCUCUUUCAUCUUUGGAGACCACUACUAAGAUAUCUCCUGAAUCUUGCUGUAAAAUUGCUUCACCAUCUACUGUGGAUACUAUUCUAGAUAUAAUCAAGAGUUCAAAUAGAAGUGAACCUUCCAAAUUAGUAAUCUCGCAUGCUUUCAGCAUUUUAUUGAGUCUGGUCAAGUUUGAAAAAACCCAGGACCUGGUCGUAGAUUGCCGAGCAGUUAUUGAUAUUUGUAUUGAAAAAGCAAAAGUUCAUAAUAAAGUGGAAAACAUAUUUUGUAAAUGUUUAACUCUCAUUUAUCUGAUGGUUGUUAAAAGUUCUAAUAGAGAUGCCAUUAUCUCUGAUCUAAAAAUCAACAAAAAUCUGAUGAGUCUUAUUGCGCUAGAAGCUUCAUUCAUCAAAUCUCACAAAAAACGUAAAAUAUCCAAAGAGAUUGUAUUCUAUCCUUAUUGGUCAUCGGCUAAAAAUGUUACAUACGAAUUCACUGAUCGCUUCACAGCUCUUGAACAUGUUAAUUAUAUUUUUAAAAGCAAACUGUUCUAAUCUUCAAACAUUUCAUAUACAUAUUAUCGCAAAUUUUUUAACAAAUCACAUCAUUAUUGGAACUGCACAGCUAACAAGUCUUCUAUUUUUGUCAAGACUCCGGAAAAAUGCUAAUUCAAAGCAUUCUAAUCUCCAAACCUCCUUUCAUAAGCCAUAUUAAUUUCAAAACAAAGCAUCCGCUUUAUUUUACUUAUUCUCAUUAACUUUCUAACUGACUUUUUUACGUCCAAAUCAAGCAAAUCCAUUUUGUAUGCUGAAAAAUACGACAUAUUUUACUUCACUUCUCACUCGAUUGACGGUUAUUCUUUGCAUUAAUUUUUGAUAAUUUGUUGAAAGAUGAUAAAUCUUAAUAAAUCAUGUAAGCUCAUCACAUUUUUAUUCAUUAAUUUAAAAAUUUAAAAUAUCUUUCUUUAUCUUUCCCUCUUUCUAGAAUAAUCACAUAUCUUUUGUAUUUUAA